UUUUCCCGACUGCGGCGACGAAGCGCUUCAUCCCAAUAUACACUUGCAUUAUUAUACAUAUUUUACACACACCCCGGGCUCCGGAGGAAAACGUGUGGGGACCUCCCGUUGACUAGGAAGCCAAGUCCGACAGCAGGCCGGCGCCGCCCCCGCCGCCCCCGGGCGGUGGGCACCCGCGAGGUGACUCAACGUCAGGCUCUCUCCAUUGCCUGCCAGCGCUUCUUUCGCGGAAGACAAGAGCGUGACGGUGCCACCCUUCCGCCCCGGCCCCCAAAUGCCUUCACAAACCUCCCCCCCAACCACGGGGGGGGGGCGGCGAGAGAAACUGCGCCCCCCCCCCAGCAGCUCAGGAUUCUAAUUCCAAGUGGUGUCAGCUAUAAAAAUGAACUGCCAUGAAUGAAAAAUACUAGCCCAGAUGAAUGUCAAUCUGAACCAUAGUUAAAGUUUUGUUGAAUGCAAAUUGUUGUUGGGAUUUCUGCUUAAUCAAGUCACAGAGUAAUAACUGAGAAAUUGUUCGCUUGGGAUUGUACAAUGGAAGAUGCAAACCAAGACAGUGCUUCUUCCAGAGAAGGAUUACUUCUUAGGAUGGGUCUUAAUGAUAACAAAGCUGGAAUGCAAGGGCUGGAUAAAGAGAAGAUCAACAAAAUCAUAAUGGAAGCCUCCAAGGGUUCUAGAUUUUAUGAAAAUGAACUUAAGAAAGACCAACAGGUUAAUAAACGGAUUGAAAAAAUGCUGAAACUAAAAAGUAAAAUCACAGAGCAACAGAUUUUAAAAGCACAAUUGCAGAUGGAUAAACUUUCAAUGGAAUUGGAUCAGAAUCGUGACCUUAGUUGUACUAUUGUACACAUUGACAUGGAUGCCUUUUAUGCAGCUGUAGAAAUAAGAGACAAUCCUGAAUUAAGGGACAAGCCCAUAGCAGUGGGUUCACUGAGUAUGCUGUCCACUUCAAAUUACCAUGCUAGAAGAUAUGGGGUACGUGCAGCUAUGCCUGGAUUUAUUGCAAAGAAACUUUGUCCACAUCUUACUAUAGUACCAUUAAACUUUAAGAAAUACGAAGAAGUAAGUAAACAGAUUAGGGAAAUCCUUGCUGAAUAUGAUCCUCAAUUCAUGCCUGUGGGCCUUGAUGAAGCCUACUUGAAUAUAACAGAGUACUUAGAAGAACAAAACCACAGCUGUAAAAGAAAACAUCUCAGUACAUCCAAGUUUGGUCUAAAUGGAAAACAGAACAUGGUUAUAUCUGAUGAAUCAAACUUGAGUGAAGAUAUGCAUUCCUGUUCACCAGUAUUGUUUGACAGUGACGCUCUGAUUGAUAAGCAGAUUAUUCAUCCAUCUUUGCCCUUAGAAGAACAGCAAUGCCAAAAGUCAAGAGUUCAGUUAAAGUCAGUUGUUUUGGAAAGAUCAGCUGAGGAAGUUGUAAAUGAAAUUCGUUUGAGAAUUGAACAAAAAACUGCGAUGACUGCCAGCGCUGGCAUUGCUCCAAACAUGAUGUUGGCAAAAAUGUGCAGUGAUAAAAAUAAACCUAAUGGCCAAUAUAGAAUCCCUCCAGAAAGAGAUGCUGUGAUGGACUUCAUCAAAAAUUUAGCUAUUAGAAAGGUACCAGGCAUAGGAAAAGUAACAGAGAAAAUGCUAAAAGCUUUGGAAAUAGAGACUUGCACAGAACUGUACCAGCAGAGGGCUCUGAUUUCUCUUCUAUUUUCUGAAACAUCCUCCCAUAAUUUUCUUGAAAUCUCUCUUGGUUUGGGUUCCACGCAUUUGGAAAGGGACGGGGAAAGAAAAAGUAUGAGUACAGAAAGGACAUUUAAUGAAAUAAGUGCAUCAGAACAAUACAGGUUAUGUCAAGAACUCUGCAGUGACCUAGCUCAGGAUUUGAAAAAGGAAGGACUUAAAGCUAGAACCAUAACUUUAAAAUUGAAGAACGUGAACUUUGAAGUUAAAACAAGAGCUAAUACAGUACUUUCUGCAGUUUGUACUGAAGAUGAAAUAUUUGCUGUUGCUAAAGAUUUGCUUAAAUCAGAAAUGGAGAUUGUGGCCCCAGAACCUUUACGUUUAAGAUUGAUGGGUGUAAGAGCAUCAGGUUUUUUAACUGAAGAAGAAAAAAAAUACCACCAGAAGAGCAUUGUUAAUUUCUUAGGACCAGGAAAACAAAGCUGUGCUUUUAAGAAAGCUGUCAACAUUUUCCCAAAAGUAUCAGAAGGAGAAAGCUUUUUCAAUAAAAAGAGAGCUACAAGAGAGCAAACCAAUCAAGGGAUAUUUUUAAAUGAAUCUUCAAACAAGAAGAAUCUACAAGAUACAAUGUCAACAAUAGCUUCAGGAGAACAAAGAAAGGAUGAUGAACAUCAGAUCUUUAUUUGCCCUAUUUGCUUUGAGGAGCAGCAAGAUAGCACUUUAGAAACAUUUAAUAGGCAUAUUGAUAUGUGCCUUAGUGGAACAAAAGUAAAAGAAAAUACAGAAGUUACUGAUAAUAGCAAAUCAUUGAAAAAUGAUCCUUCUGUGGAUAUGGACAAAAAAGAAGAGAUGAAAGUUAAAAUAAAUAAAUCACCAGUGAAUAAGCAGUCAACAAAUAUAGCUGAUAGUGGUUCUGCAAGUAGCAAAGAUGUUUUGCCUCAAUACCUAGUUCAUAAACAGAAUGAGAAUGAAUGUGGGCCUUCUACUGAGUUGGUAUCUGAAAUGCAUGCUAAGGAUGAUUUGUCUUCCUUGCUAAUAGAUAAAGAGUCAAAUUGCUCAGGAAGUAAUUUGCAAAGUUUUUCUGGCAUUACUGAAAAUGUUUUUGUUUGUCCAGUUUGCAACACAGAACAAAAAACAAAGGAUCUUGCCUUGUUCAAUAGGCAUGUGGAUGUUUGUUUAAACAAAGGCAUUAUUGAGCAGUUGACAGAAAAAUCAGAAAUCUUAGAAAGAGGACAAUAUAAUACAAAAUUUUCAGCAGGAACAAAAAGAUCUGGAACAAUAAUUCCCCAGUCAACAUCCAAAAAAGUCAAGUCAGGCAAUACUAGAUGCACUAUAGAAUCAUUUUUCAAAUGAACACAAUGAAUUAAUUUAAUUAUUGUUAUGGUACAGAGGCUUAGAAUGAAAUAAGUCACUUGGACCUUAUGUAUUGUGUAUAAAUUAUGUAACUUUAAAGAAUUAUAUAAAAUAUAAUUCUAUAAAGUUAUAUUAUAGAUUAUAUUAUUUACGUAUAUUGCAUAUAUAUGAUUUUGCACCAGCUAACCCAUAAUUUUAUUUCAGAUGCACAACCUCAUAUCCUAAAGAAUGCAUGAAAUGUAUGGAAGUUGACUUUUACAACUGAUAAGCAUAUUGUUAUUUAUUAAGGAAUGUCAAGCACUUUUAAAAGCCAGUUCUUCUUUGAAUAACAUGAUAGUAAUGGCUGUUUUCUUCACAACUUUUAGAUAGGAAGGGAAAGGAAAAGAAUUUGGAUUUUACUUAAAAAUUAAAUAGAUCCUUUAAUUGUCCUUUAUAGAUCAGGCACUAUUAUGAAAAUUUAAGACUUGAUUGUUUUCCUUGAUUCGGUAUAUAAAUAUUAGGAAACAUGGAAUAUUUAGCACCCAUAAUUCAGACACAAUUUUUGUACAACCAUGUAGCACUUCUAACCUUUGUUAAUUGAAGAAGAAACUUGCUGUCUAUCCAUUGGUGAACAAAACUUUAUGUACUACAUAUAAUAGAUGAUAUUAGUAAAAGCAGGCUAAAUAAACUUACAUAUCCUGAAUAGAGCUACUGGACUGGAACGUCCAUCAUUACAUGAGUCAUCACAUGACUGUUCUUGAUUUUAUGACUACUGCCAGGGUUGUAUGAGAGUCUGGCUUCCCCCACUGACUUUGCUUGUCAGAAAAUGGCUGGGAAGGUUACAAAUAGUAAUCAUGUGAUGGGUGAAAUCCAGGAGGUUCUGGAUUUUGGAAAUUUUGAGUAGUUUGGAGAACCAGCAAAUAUCACCUCUGGCUGGCCCCAGAGUGUGGUGGGAAUGGAAAUUUUGAAAUAUCCUUCCCCCAGUAGGGGAGGGAAUGGAGAUUUUGCAGUAUCCUUCCCCUGGAGAGGGGUGGGAAUGGAGAUUUAGCAAUAUCCUUCCCCUGCCACGCCCACCAAGCCAUACCCACAGAACCGGUAGGGGAAAAAUUUGGAUUUCACCCCUCUCACAUGACCUUGGGAUACUGCAACUGUUGUUAAAUACAUUCCAGUUUCCAAACUCUCAAAUCUUGAUCAUGUGACCAUGGGGAUGCUGCAAUGGUCAUAAAUGUGAGGACCAGCUGUUAGUCACUUUUGCCACCACUUUGAAGAGUUGCUAGAUAAAUGGUCGUAAAUUGAGGACUACAAUGAUACCUCAGUACUUGACUGUUACAAAAUUCAUUGAUUUUGGUACUCAAUACAUUUUGACGUGAAAAUGUCCCGGUACUCAUCGUUUGUUUGAUAUUCAACGCACUGCGAUAGGAAAAAGGGGAGAGUCACAGAGGGCGGAUAGGAAAUUUGCCAUGCUGGGAAGGUUGCUGCAAAAGGAAGAGGGGGACGGCCGUGGAGAGCAGGCAGGAAGUCGAUCAUGCUGGGAAGAUCACUGAUAUAGGAAAAGGGACAGACAGAAAGUCCUUCCUGAAACAAAGGGUCAUGUGGUAAGUCAUGCGGGUUGUUUGGCACUUAUCAUUUUUAGUACUCAUCAUACUUCCCAAAACAAAUUAACAAUGAGUGACCGAGGUACUUCUGUACUUGUAUUUACUUAGAUUUUAAAUUGUUUCCAAAAAAUCAAUUGCUAUUAUAGAUAUAGCUAUAUAGGUUUAUAGGAAGUUCAAAUUGUAAUUGAGCAUAAGCUGAAUAUGCAUCAUCACUGUGAUGCAGUUGCUAAAAAGGCAAAUGUAAUUUCAUGUUGCAUCCCUAAAAAUCUAGUUUUCAUUUCAGGAAAAAAAUGGUCCAAUAUGUUCUGUGUUGGCCAUAUUCCACCUUGAGUACGCCCCUUAUGCCCAGAUGUCAGACAAAUUCAUAGAACAUGGAAGAGAUAUAGAGAAAUGCAGUGAAGAUAAUCAGGAAAUCGAAAAAUAAACCUUAAGAGGUGAGAUGGAAAUGGAGAGAAGAAAAUAUAUUAAGUGUGGGUGGGAGGGAGCAGAUUUAGUUGCACUUUUGAACUAUCUGAAGCAUGUUACAUAGAAAAUCAAGAUAUAUGUAUCAGAAUGCAAGACAUCGAAUAAAUGAUUAAAAGUUAUAGGAAUUCAGAUUCCAGUUAAAUGGUGAGAUAAUUUUCUACCAUAGUAUUAAGAGCAGUUCAUUGAGGGAGUCAAUUACCAUGGGACCUAGUGCGUUUGAACUCUCCUUUAACCAGAAGCUGGGGGUCUAUUACUUUGAAAUCCUGCACUGAGACGGACUCCAUGGUCUAAAUAAACCUGGCAACUUUAUGAUUCUGUGGAGUUUGUGUGCUUUAAAACAAUUUCAUUUAUAAUUUAUUCAAUGUAAUUUAUUUUGUGAAAUAAUUUUAAUCUAAGAUGCAUUUUCCCAAAAAUUGUGAUACCAUUUUUUUUAAUUGUAAAACUCAAGAUAAAGAUUUUAGCAAAAAAGCACAAAAUAUGUAAAAUAAAUACACAAUGAUGAAA